AUUGAGUUGCGGAUUGAUGCUCUUAGUGUUAGGCGUAUCCAUUAACUAGUGAUAUUUAUGGAUUUAGCAUGAAUGCGAUAAUAAUUUUCCUUGGCCCAGUUGCUCCAAAAUACAAAGAAUAGUUAUUUAUGUCAUAAUUUAAUACAAAGCCUGUAACUUUAAAAGUUCGUUUGGUAUAUGAAGUACAUUAUACUUUUAUUUAAAGAAUAAUGUCAAAACCACAGCAAAUUUUACAACUGGAACCCCCUUCAGAGCUACAUUUCAAGGGACCCUUCACAGAUGUUACUACUUCAAAUCUAACUUUGUACAACCCAUCAGAAUGGCGAGUAUGUUUCAAAAUAAAAACUACCACUCCAAAGAGAUACUGUGUGAGACCAAACAGUGGAAUUAUAGAACCCAAACAGCACAUGACUGUAUCAGUUAUGCUUCAGCCAUUUGAUUAUGAUCCUCAUGAAAAACUUAAACACAAAUUCAUGGUACAGACAAUGAUUGCACCAGAAGGAGACUGUAAUCUUGAAACAGUGUGGAAGUAUGCCAACUCAGAAAAUCUUAUGGAUUCCAAACUAAGGUGUGUUUUUGACCUUCCUUCAGAAGAAAUUUCUCAGAAUAACCUAGACUCUAACAUAGGGCAUGUGGAAGACAAUUCUCCAUUGAUAAAACUAUCUUCAGAUCCCUUACCUAAGCCUUCACCCAAGGCUACUAAUACGGAUCAAUUGUUAAAGAAGGUUCAAGAUGAACAUAAAAUGUUGAAAGAUGAGCUCGUCCAACUUCAGCAAGAAAACAGUAAACUGAAGGAAGAAGGACUUAGGCAACGUUUGGCUCAUAACACUGUUGGAUCUUCACCUGUCCCUCGGAAAGUGGAUUUUUACCAAGCUGAUAAUAUAAAGUCUGCAAGCAACAUUGUACCCUCCACUGGAUCCCUAGAACUCCAACAACAGCCCUCAGUGAUGCUUAUGGCUCUCAUAAUUGGUGCUUGUCUUUUGGGCUUCUUUAUGGGCAAGUUCAUAUUAUAAAAUUGGAUCAUCAAUGGUAACUGGUUGACUGCCCUACUAUCAUGCAGUUAUAAAGGGUUUAAUAAGUAUUUGGAGCUUACUACCGAUGUAUGUGUUUUCUCUCCUCCAUCUGUUCACUAUUAGAUGUAAUAAUGGAGGACAAUUAUUUCUGAUGAUAAACAACAUUGUUGGGGCUUGGUAUGCACAUGCAAACUGGGUUGAAUAUGAAUAAAAUAUAGUAAAGUUUAUAAUUUAUUAAAAUUAUUCAUAAUUGUAGUUUAAACAAGCCAUAGUGCCCAUAUAUAUAUUCAUUUGGUAACUACUUAUUUGGUAACUAGUUGUUAUUAAUAUAAAAAUAGAUAAAAGCAAACUGCACUUGAAAUGAAACUGUAAUACAACAACAAAAAAUAAGAACAUUGAUCUUGUAAAUUUUUUUAAGUAUCUUUGUUAGACAUAUUAUAGACAUUAAUUGUAACACCUAUUGAAGUAUCUUUGUUAGACAUAUUAUGUACAUUAACCGUGACACUUAUUUUUGUUAACUAUAAGGAUAGUGUAAAACAAUAGGAUUGUACUAGUUGUUUCUCUACAUAAGUUUUAUUUUUAUGUUUGAUGAAAGUAAUUGAAAAAAAAAAGCUAAAUAAAUAUUUAUAACAAUAGUAUAGUAAUAGAUAUUUAGCUUCAAAGUAUUAUCAGAUUUGUCAAUAUUUGGCUCUCUUGAAGUACCAAAAUUUGUAGUAUACUGCUGUUGAAAAAUAUUUACAAAAUUGAAAGAAUGUGUUUGAAAUUGUACAAUCAGUCAGAGGUUAGCAAUUUCUGUGACUUUCCUUAUUUUAUUUUUAUUUUUUACUUAACUUUAUUUCAAUAUGUGUAUAGAUUUUAUUGUAAAUUUAGAUGAAAGUUAAUAGUUAUGUUUGGUAUAAUGUCAAAUUAGAAAACAAAUAGUUUUUUCUUUGCACGGAUUGCAUUUUUACUAAUUUUAAAACUAUUUUUUGAAGGAUCAUUCAUGUGAUCUAAACUGAUUCAGUUUACAGCUAUUAACACUUUCUCCAUUCUGUUUUAACAAAUCAGGCUAUAGAGCCAUGUUCAAUACUAUCUUUGUAUGUUUUUAAUAUUGUACUUGUUAACAUUCAAAAAUACCUAAAAUAAAUUAAAACUGAGAAAAAUCUAUAUCAUUUUCAGCUUUAUUUACUAUGGAAUUGAUAAUGAGUGAUAGAUUUAAAAAAAACAUCUAACUCUUCUCUGAUCUGAGGGUCCAUGGGUGCAUUAUAAGUGUGAUAAUCAAAUUCCACUAUUCAAUUAGAGUAGCACAAGAGUUGGUAUUGUGGGUGCUGUUGAUUAGCUGCCUUCCCUCUAGUCCAUCAAUUCAAAAUAAGGGAUAGCUUUUGUAGCUUUACAUGAAUGUUCGAGCCAAACUAAAUUGCUCUGAUUACUGUCGUCUGACUUCUUUGAUGAUGAUUUUAUCUGUAGUCUGUUCUGGCCUGCUGUACUAAUGAUUGUUUUUAACUUUUUCUAUACUUUUAGAAAAUGUAUCUUACUGAUUGAGAAGGAUAAGGGACAUAUUGAUAGCAUUUUCAUUGUUUUACUCACUGCUAGAUAUGUAACUAUAGUACACAAGUUCCAGAUACAGGCAGCAGUACUGUUUCCAGUUAUUUCCUCAAUAUUCUUUAUAGAUCAUUACUCUUUGAUAACAUUAAAGAUGUUUUCUUUACCAGUUGUAAUGGCAUUUGUUUGUUAAUGUUCAUUGAUUUCAGAGAUAGAUCUAAUCUUUAGGAUUUCUGUUCUAAGAUAAAAUUGGUGAAUGUAACAAAAGUUUAGUCAUUUUCAGAGUGCUAAAACCUUAAAGAUACAAUACAGUGCUGUGUGAGUCUGAUUUUAUUAAUGGAUGAAAUAGGCAGUCUGAACUCAUUGUUUUAGUUUCAUUACUGAUUUUAACACUUCUGUUUAGGAAAUCCAAUUUUUAAGACUGUACAUAACACCAUGGUCCAGCAUUGUUUAUUAGAUAUUUCUAGACAAGAAUAAGUUAACACAAUAAUUUAGUUAGUGAUUUGCAGUUUUUGAGCAUACUGUAUUAGAAAUUGAUUCAUUAUUUCUUCUGAGUUCUUUUUAGACAAUAAAUGUCUAGCAUUGUUACACUGUCAUGAUAAAAGUAGUAAUUUGUUGAAACAUUUAACAUUAAGCAUUUCCAGGCAUAUUAAUAUACAUACAGAAAACUGUUAAUCUGUUUGUACUGCUUAUUUAUUACCCACACAAAUUUUUACUGAUGUGUAACAAGUGAAGUUAAUCUUUUGAAUUUACUCAAUUUUGAAAUAUAUUUUCAAAAAUAAGAUAUUUAAUUAAGUAAUUUUUAUUGAUCACUAAUGUAUUUCUCAUUUAAAUGAAAACUGGCAGACUUUUUUUUUUCUUUUUACCAAUUUACUGAUUUAAUUUAUUACUGUUCUAUGGUUGUUGUGUUACAUUUAUAUCAUCAAGCCAAAUAUUACACCUGGCAGAAAAAAUACAUUUGUAAAAUGGUUGUUAUGCAAAUUUAGAAAUUUUGAAAGAAUUGCUUUGUCAAAAACUGUAUUUGAUUUUUGUUGACUUUUGUUAAUAUGGUAGUGAUUAGGAGCAUGAAAGGACAGUCUGUAGACACUGUUAAAAGCUUUAUAUAAUGGUAUUAACCUGUUUAUUUUUACUUGGUUUUAAAUGUAUUUAUUUGCUAUGUUCAAUCUUUUGCCUUUGGGAGUUGAACUUUUUUUUUUAUCAGGAUAUGAUAAAGAUUUUGAUAUGAGAUUACUUCUGAUAGUAAACUUCUUUAUAUAAUUAAUACUUGAAACUGUUGGUACUUGGUAAAAUUUAGCUUUAAUAUUUCUUAGAAAUUACUGUUAUUAAAGUUUCUUCAUUUUUAUUUAGAGAAAGAUGUGAACAAAAUGAAAGUUUCUUUUUUUUUCUUGCUUAUUAUGUCUGCUCCAAGAAGAACUGGUGAAAAAUAUUAAAAGUUUAUAAUUUAUUGUUUUGGUAACGAAAUGCAAUAAAAGAUAUGUAAUUGU